AUGGAAGGAACCGGAGUCGUCCGCUUGGUGCAAGACGGAGAGGAUUACCUCUGCUUUUGCAGCAAAAGCGACGAAGGAUCCAUCCGAUUCCAGUGAGUUGGGAUCUAGCAGAUCCCCAGAUCCCUUUGCAAAUUGGCUGCCUUUUGCAGUUUUGCAAACUUCCGGCUUUGCAAACUUCCGGUCCCCACUGAAAACAAUUGUAUUCUCUGCUUUUAUUUUGUUUUAUUUUUAUUUUCUCCACUGCUUUUGCACAUUUUGCUGCUGUUUGCAAUAAGAAGCAACAGUUGCAAUUUCUGUACACAUUGCAAGUAAUUUUAUUUUCCGCUUUUGCACAUUUCCCGCUGUUUGCAUGAAGAAGCCAGAGUUGCAAUGGGAGAUUCUUGCAGCCACUUUUGCACCAAAAUUUAUUCUCCGUAUUUCAACACUUCCUGCUGUUUGCAAUGAUUGCCACCAUUGCAUGAAAUUUUAUUUCCACAUUUGCAAGCGUUCUGCUGUUUGCAAUAAAAGCAACUCUUGCAAUCGGAAAUUAUUGCAGCCGUUGUUGCAUUAAAUUUUUUUUUCCGCUUUUGCACUUUUCCUGCUGUUUGCAUUAAUAAGCAAGAGUUGCAAUCGGAAAUAAUUGCAGUUCCCAUUGCAAAUAAUUUUAUUCUGAGCAUUUGCAAAUCUUUCGCUGUUUGCAUUAAGAAGCGACUUUUGCAAUUGGAAAUAAUUGCAGUUCCCGUUGCAAGUAAUUUUAUUUUCCGCUUUUGCACGUUUUCUGCUGUUUGCAUUCAGAAGCAACAGUUGCAAUUGGAGAUUCUUGCAGUUUCCACUGCAAAUGAUUUUAUUCUCUGCUUUUAUUUUAUUUUAUUUUAUUUUUAUUUUAUCUUCUGCUUUUGCACAUCUUCCGCCGUUUGCAAUAAGAAGCAACAGUUGCAAUUUCUGUACACAUUGCAAAUGAUUUUAUUCUCUGCUUAUUUUAUUUUAUUUUAUUUUAUUUUAUUUUAUUUUAUCUUCUGCUUUUGCACAUUUUCUGCUGUUUGCAAUAAGAAGCAACAGUUGCCAUUUCUGUAGAACAUUGCAAAUAAUUUUAUUCGACGCUUUUGCACCUUUUGCUGCUGUUUGCAAUAAGAAGCAACAGUUGCAAUUGGAGAUUAUUGCAGCUCCCAUUGCAAAUAAUUUUAUUUUCCGCUUUUGCACGUUUCCUGCUGUUUGCAUUCAGAAGCAAGAGUUGCAAUUGGAGAUUCUUGCAGUUUCCACUGCAAAUGAUUUUAUUCUCUGCUUUUAUUUUAUUUUAUUUUAUCUUAUUUUUAUUUUAUCUUCUGCUUUUGCACAUUUUCUGCUGUUUGCAAGAAGAAGCAACAGUUGCAAUUUCUGUACACAUUGCAAAGAAUUUUAUUCUACGCUUUUGCACAUUUCCCGCUGUUUGCAUGAAGAAGCCAGAGUUGCAAUGGGAGAUUCUUGCAGCCACUUUUGCACCAAAAUUUAUUCUCCGUAUUUCAACACUUCCUGCUGUUUGCAAUGAUUGCCACCAUUGCAUGAAAUUUUAUUUCCCGCAUUUGCAAGCGUUCUGCUGUUUGCAAUAAAAAGCAACUCUUGCAAUCGGAAAUUAUUGCAGCCGUUGUUGCAUUAAAUUUUAUUUUCCGCUUUUGCACGUUUCCUGCUGUUUGCAUUAAGAAGCAAGAGUUGCAAUCGGAAAUAAUUGCAGUUCCCAUUGCAAAUAAUUUUAUUUUCCGCUUUGCACAUUUUCUGCUGUUUGCAUUCAGAAGCAAGAGUUGCAAGUGGAAAUAAUUGCAGUUCCCAUUGCAAAUAAUUUUAUUCUGCGCAUUUGCAAAUCUUUCGCUGUUUGCAUUAAGAAGCGACUUUUGCAAUUGGAAAUAAUUGCAGUUCCCAUUGCAAGUAAUUUUAUUUUCCGCUUUUGCACGUUUUCUGCUGUUUGCAUUCAGAAGCAAGAGUUGCAAUUGGAGAUUAUUGCAGUUCCCAUUGCAAGUAAUUUUAUUUUCCGCUUUUGCACAUUUUCUGCUCUUUGCAUUCAAAAGGACAGUUGCAAUUUGGAAUUCUUGCCGUCCAACUUGCAUGAAAGUUUAUUUGCAAUAAAAAUAAUAAUUUAUUUAAGAAGAAGAAUAAUUUAAGAAUAAUUUAUUUGCAGUUUGCAAUAAGAAGCGGCGGUUACACUUCUGUUGCACAGAAUUUUAUUUUCCACAUUUGCAAACUUUCUGCUCUUUGCAAUAAAAGCAACGGUUGCAAUCGGAAAUUAUUGCAGCCACCAUUGCAAAUAAUUUUAUUUUCCGCUUUUGCAAAAAUUCUGCUCUUUGCAAUCAAAAGGACAGUUGCAAUUUGAAAUCCUUGCCGUCCAACUUGCAUGAAAGUUUAUUUGCAAUAAAAAUAAUAAUUUAUUUAAGAAGAAGAAGAAUAAUUUAAGAGUAAUUUAUUUGCAGUUUGCAAUAAGAAGCGGUGGUUACAAUUCGAGAUUAUUGCAGUUCCCAUUGCAAAUCCUUUUCUUUCCCGCAUUUGCAAACUUUCUGCUCUUUGCAAUAAGAUGGGACGCAAUUGGAAAUCAUUGCACAAAAUUUUAUUCUCCGCAUUUGCAAACCUUCCGCUGUUUGCAAGAAAAAGCAAAGCUUGUCAUUGCAAAUUAUUGUAGUCCCCAUUGCAAAUCAUUUUAUCCUCUGCUUCUGCACAUUUUCUGCUGUUUGCAAUGAGAAGCAGCAGUUGCAAUGGCCAGUCUCCAUUCCAAAUAAUUUUAUUCUAUUUUUUUUUAAAUGAUAUUUAUUGAAGUUUCACAUAAAAAGAGACAUCUUAAUAAAAAGAAAGAAAUUUAAAAAUAAAAAGAGAAAUACACCGCACAAAUCCCAUACAAAAUACAAAAGAAAAAGAAAGAAAGAACAGUUAAAAACAAUUCCAUCUUUUCAUCAUAACUUUUACAUUUACUUAUUUCCCGGAUCAAAUAAUUUUAUUCUACGCUUUUGCACGUUUUCUGGUGUUUGCAUUCAGAAGGAUUGCUUGCAAUUGGAGAUUAUUCUUUUUUCCCAAUGAUAUUUAUUAAAAUUUCAAAAGAAAAAGCUCACAUGAAAAAGACAUUUAGCAAUACAAAGAAAAAAUACAAAAUACAAAGUACAAAAAAGAAAAAAACAGUUAAAGUACAAAGUACAAAAAAGAAAAAACAGUUAGAAACAAUUCCAUCUUUUUUUAUCGCUUCUUUUACAUUUAUUUGUUUCCCGGACCUCCUCAUACCUCCCUCUUUUGUAUUCUAAUUCAGUUUGUUAGACCAGCGAUUCCUUUUCCUCCUUUGCAAUUGGAGAUUAUUGCAGCCACGGUUUUAUUCUCUGCAUUUGCAAACUUUCUGCUGUCUGCAAUAAGAAGCAAGGCUUGCAAUCGCCGCUUCGCGGAAUUUUAUUCUGCGCAUUUGCAAACUUUCUGCUCUUUGCAAUAAAAAGCGAGACUUGCAAUGGGAGAUAACGGCAGUUCCCAUUGCAAAUAAUUUUAUUCUAUGCUUUUGCAAACUUUCUGCUCUUUGCAAUCAAAAGGCCAGUUGCAAUUUGAAAUCCUUGCCGUCCAACUUGCAUGAAAGUUUAUUUGCAAUAAAAAUAAUAAUUUAUUUAAGAAUAAGAAUAAGAAUUUAAGAAUAAUUUAUUUGCAGUUGGCAAUAAGAAGCGGCGGUUACAAUUCUGUUGCACAGAAUUUUAUUUUCCACAUUUGCAAACGUUCUGCUCUUUGCAAUAAAAAGCAACUCUUGCAAUCGGAAAUUAUUGCAGCCACCAUUGCGAAUAAUUUUAUUUUCUGCUUUUGCAAACUUUCUGCUGUUUGCAAUCAAAAAGGACAGUUGCAAUUUGAAAUUCUUGCCGUCCAACUUGCAUGAAAGUUUAUUUGCAAUAAAAAUAAUAAUUUAUUUAAGAAUCAUAAUAAUUUAAGAAUAAUUUAUUUGCCAUAAAAAUAAUAAUUUAUUUAAGAAUCAUCAUAAUUUAAGAAUAAUUUAUUUGCUGUUUGCAAGAAGAAGCAACAGUCGCAUGAAAUUUUAUUUUCCACAUUUGCAAACUUUCUGCUGUUUGCAAGAAGAAGCAAGAGUUGCAAUUGGAAAUUAUUGCAGUUCCUGUUGCAAGUAAUUUUAUUUUCUGCUUUUGCAAACUUUCUGCUGUUUGCAAUAAAAAGGACAGUUGCAAUUUGAAAUCCUUGCCGUCCAACUUGCAUGAAAGUUUAUUUGCAAUAAAAAUAAUAAUUUAUUUAAGCAUCGUAAUAAUUUAAGAAGAAUUUAUUUGCCAUAAAAAUAAUGAUUUAUUUAAGAAUCAUAAUAAUUUAAGAAUAAUUUAUUUGCUGUUUGCAAGAAGAAGCAACAGUUGCAUGAAAUUUUAUUUUCCACAUUUGCAAACUUUCUGCUGUUUGCAUUCAGAAGCGACUUUUGCAAUUGGAAAUAAUUGCAGUUCCCAUUGCAAGUAAUUUUAUUUUCCGCUUUUGCACGUUUUCUGCUGUUUGCAUUCAGAAGCAAGAGUUGCAAUCGGAAAGAAUUGCAGCCCCCAUUGGGAAUAAUUUUAUUCUAUGCUUUUCCAAACUUUCUGCUGUUUGCAAGAAGAAGUGGCGCAAUCGGAAAUCAUGGCACGAAAUUUUAUUCUCCGCAUUUGCAAACCUUCCGCUCUUUGCAAUCAAAAGCGACACUUGCAAUGGGAGAUAACGGCAGUUCCCAUUGCAAAUCAUUUUAUUCGACGCUUUUGCACGUUUCCCGCCGUUUGCAUGAAGAAGAAACAGUUGCAAUCGGAGAUUAUUGCAGCAUUUGUUGCACGAAAUUGGAUUUUUCUGCAUUUAAUAAUAAUAAUAAUAAUAAUAAUAAUAUCUUUAUUGUCAUUGCCCCCUUCGGGGACAACGAAAUUACUUAUUUGCAAACCUUCCGCCGUUUGCGAUAAAAAGCAAGGCUUGCAAUCGCCGCUUCGCGGGAUUUUAUUCCGCAUGUUUGCAAACCUUCCGGCCGUUUGCCUUAAAAAGCGACGCUUGCAAUCGGAAAUUUUAUUCUCCGCAUUUGCAAACUUCCGGCUGCUUGCAAUUGGCGAUUAUUGCAGCCGUGAAAUUUUAUUCUUUGCAUUUGCAGACGCUUUGCUGUUUGCAAGAAGAAGCAACGGUUGCAUGAAGUUUUAUUUUCCACAUUAUUUUGAUUUUCCGGAUAGGAUAGGAUAGGAUAGGAGACAAGGAUAGGAUAGGAUAGGAGACUAGGAUAGGAUAGGAUAGGAGACUAGGAUAGGAUAGGAUAGGAGACUAGGAUAGGAUAGGAUAGGAGGAUAGGAUAGGAGACUAGGAUAGGAUAGGAUAGGAUAGGAUAGGAGACUAGGAUAGGAUAGGAUAGGAUAGGAUAGGAGACUAGGAUAGGAUAGGAUAAGAGACAAGGAUAGGAUAGGAUAGGAGAAAAGGAUAGAAGGGUAGGAUAGGAUAGGAGACAAGGAUAGGAUAGGAUAGGAUAGGAUAGGAUAGGAGACUAGGAUAGGAUAGGAGACAAGGAUAGGAUAGGAGGAUAUGAUAGGAGACAAGGAUAGGAUAGGAGACAAGGAUAGGAUAGGAGACAAUGGUAGGAUAGGAGAGGAGAGGAGACAAGGAUAGGAUAGGAUAGGAUAGGAUAGGAUAGGAUAGGAUAGGAUAGGAUAGGAGACAAGGAUAGGAUAGAAGGAUAGGAUAGGAGACAAGGAUAGGAUAGGAUAAGAGGAUAGGAGAAAAGGAUAGGAUAGGAGACAAGGAUAGGAUAGGAGGAUAGGAUAGGAUACUAGAUUAGGAUAGGAUAGGAGACAAGGAUAGGAUAGGAUAGGAGAGGAGAGGAGAGGAGAGGAGACAAGGAUAGGAUAGGAGGAUAGGAUAGGAUACUAGAUUAGGAUAGGAUAGGAGACAAGGAUAGGAUAGGAGACUAGGAUAGGAGGAUAGGAUAGGAUAGGAUAGGAUAGGAGACAAGGAUAGGAUAGGAGGUUAGGAUAGGAGACUAGGAUAGGAUAAGAGGAUAGGAUAGGAGACAAGGAUAGGAUAGGAGACAAGGAUAGGAUAGGAGGAUAGCAUAGGAGACAAGGAUAGGAUAGAAGGAUAGGAUAGGAUAGGAUAGGAGACUAGGAUAGGAUAGGAGACAAGGAUAGGAUAGGAUAGGAUAGGAUAGGAUAGGAUAGGAUAGGAGACAAGGAUAGGAUAGGAUAAGAGGAUAGGAGAAAAGGAUAGGAUAGAAGGAUAGGAUAGGAUAGGAGACUAGGAUAGGAUAGGAGACAAGGAUAGGAUAGGAUAGGAUAGGAUAGGAUAGGAUAGGAUAGGAUAGGAUAGGAGACAAGGAUAGGAUAGGAGGAUAGGAUAGGAGACAAGGAUAGGAUAGGAUAGGAUAGGAUAGGAUAGGAUAGGAUAGAAUAGGAUGGAAGGAUAGGAAAAAAGGAUAGGAUAGGAGGAUAGGAUAGGAUAGGAUAGGAGACAAGGAUAGGAUAGGAGACAAGGAUAGGAUAGGAGACAAGGAUAGGAUAGAAGGAUAGGAUAGGAGACAAGGAUAGGAUAGGAGACAAGGAUAGGAUAGAAGGAUAGGAUAGGAUAGGAGACAAGGAUAGGAUAGAAGGAUAGGAUAGAAUAGGAGACAAGGAUAGGAUAGGAUAGGAUAGGAUAGGAUAGGAUAGGAUAGGAUAGGAGACAAGGAUAGGAUAGGAUAGGAGACUAGGAUAGAAUAGGAGACAAGGAUAGGAUAGGAUAGGAUAGGAUAGGAUAGGAUAGGAUAGGAUAGGAUAGGAGACAAGGAUAGGAUAGGAGGAUAGGAUAGGAUAGGAGACAAGGAUAGGAUAGGAUAGGAGACAAGGAUAGGAUAGGAUAGGAGACAAGGAUAGGAUAGGAUAGGAUAGGAUAGGAUAGGAUAGGAUAGGAGACUAGGAUAGGAGACUAGGAUAGGAUAGAAGGAUAGGAUAGGAUAGGAUAGGAGACAAGGAUAGGAUAGGAUAGGAGACAAGGAUAGGAUAGGAUAGGAUAGGAUAGGAUAGGAUAGGAUAGGAUUGGAGAGGAGACAAGGAUAGGAUAGGAGGAUAGGAUAGGAUACUAGAUUAGGAUAGGAUAGGAGACAAGGAUAGGAUAGGAGACUAGGAUAGGAUAGGAGACAAGGAUAGGAUAGGAUAGGAUAGGAUAGGAGACUAGGAUAGGAUGGGAGGAUAGGAUAGGAGACUAGGAUAGGAUAGGAUAGGACAGGAUAGGAUAGGAUAGGAUAGGAUAGGAUAGGAGGGUAGGAUAGGAUAGGAGGAUAGGAUAGGAGACAAGGAUAGGAUAGGAGACAAGGGUAGGAUAGGAGACAAGGGUAGGAUAGGAGACAAGGAUAGGAUAGAAGGAUAGGAUAGGAUAGGAUAGGAGGAUAGGAUAGGAGACAAGGAUAGGAUAGGAGGAUAGGAUAGGAUAGGAGACAAGGAUAGGAUAGGAUAGGAUAGGAUAGGAGACUAGGAUAGGAUAGGAGGAUAGGAUAGGAUAGGAUAGGAUAGGAUAGGAGAGGAGAGGAGAGGAGAGGAGACUAAGAUAGGAUAGGAGGAUAGGAUAGGAGAGGAGACAAGGAUAGGAUAGGAGGAUAGGGAUAGGAUAGGAGACAAGGAUAGGAUAGGAGACAAGGAUAGGAUAGGAGGAUAGGAGACAAGGAUAGGAUAGGAGGUUAGGAUAGGAUAGGAGACAAGGAUAGGAUAGGAUAGGAUAGGAUUACGAUAGGAUAGGAGGAUAGGAUAGGAGACAAGGAUAGGAUAGGAGGAUAGGAUAGGAUAGGAGACAAGGAUAGGAUAGGAGGAUAGGAUAGGAGACAAGGAUAGGAUAGGAGGUUAGGAUAGGAUAGGAGACAAGGAUAGGAUAGGAGGAUAGGAUAGGAUACUAGAUUACGAUAGGAUAGGAGGAUAGGAUAGGAGACAAGGAUAGGAUAGGAGGUUAGGAUAGGAUAGGAGACAAGGAUAGGAUAGGUUAGGAGACUAGGAUAGGAUAAGAGGAUAGGAUAGGAGAGAAGGAUAGGAUAGGAGGAUAGGAGACAAGGAUAGGAUAGGAGACAAGGAUAGGAUAGGAGGAUAGGAUAGGAGACAAGGAUAGGAUAGGAGACUAGGAUAGGAUAGGAGGAUAGGAUAGGAUAGGAUAGGAUAGGAUAGGAUAGGAGACAAGGAUAGGAUAGGAGACUAGGAUAGGAUAGGAGACUAGGAUAGGAUAGGAUAGGAUAGGAUAGGAUAGGAUAGGAUAGGAUAGGAUAGGAUAGAUAGGAUAGGAUAGGAGACAAGGAUAGGAUAGGAGACUAGGAUAGGAUAGGAGGAUAGGAUAGGAUGGGAUAGGAGACAAGGAUAGGAUAGGAGGAUAGGAUAGGAGACAAGGAUAGGAUAGGAGGUUAGGAUAGGAUAGGAGACAAGGAUAGGAUAGGAGACAAGGAUAGGAUAGGAGGUUAGGAUAGGAUAGGAGACAAGGAUAGGAUAGGUUAGGAGACUAGGAUAGGAUGGGAGGAUAGGAUAGGAGACUAGGAUAGGAUAGGAUAGGAUAGGACAGGAUAGGAUAGGAUAGGAGAGGAGAGGAGAGGAGACAAGGAUAGGAUAGGAGGAUAGGAUAGGAGACAAGGAUAGGAUAGGAUAGGAUAGGAUAGGAUUAUUAUAGUCUGCAAGCAUUGCAAAAGUUUGAAACAAUUUCGAUUUGCAAUUGUCUCUCCUCUGGAUUUGUUGGAGCAACGAAGGGCAAACCAAUCGAUAUUAAUCAGAGGGGAAUUGUUAUGUGUAUGUAUUAUUAUUAUGUGUUAUUAUUUUGCUUUUAUAACCCUAUAUUCUCCUUUAUCGGCAGCGUCACCAGUGCUUGCGAUUCCUGGAGCAGCGACGUUGCUUCAAACCAGGUAUUAUAUUAUUGUUAUUAUGUAUUAUUAUUAUAUUUUAUUUAUACCCUACCCAUCCACGGUAUGUUGUUGUUUAUAUUACUAUUAAUAUUAUGUAUUAUUGUAUUAUGUAUUAUUAUUAGUGCUAUUGUUAGUGUCGUAUAAAUAAUAAAAUUAUUCUGAUUAUUGGCGUAGUAUAUAGUUAAAUUAUUCCUAUCGCUUUCGCUAUUAUUGGUGAGUACAAAGAACUUAUUGCUAUUGUUAGUGGGGUAUAAAAAAUAAAAUUAUUCUUGUUAUUGGCGUGGUAUGUAUUAAAAUUAUUCCUAUCGCUAAUUAUUAUUAUAUUUUAUUUAUACCCUACCCAUCCGGGGUAUGUUGUUGUUUGUAUUACUAUUAAUAUUGUUGUUAUUGUGUAUUAUUGCUAUUGUUAGUGUCGUAUAAAUAAUAAAAUUAUUCUGAUUAUUGGUGCAAUAUAUAUUAAAAUUAUUCCUAUUGCUCUAGCUGUUAUUGGUGGAGUAUAAAAGACCUUAUUGCGAUUGUUAGUGGGGUAUAAAUAAUAAAAUUAUUCUUAUUUUUGGCGUGGUAUAGAUUAAAAUUAUUCCUAUCACUUAUUAUUAUUAUUAUUGUGUGUUAUGUAUUACCCCACCCAUCUGGGAUAUAUUGUUAUUGUUAUUAUUAUUAAUACAAUAUAUAUGUAUAAAUAAUAUGUAUAUAUAUUAUAUAUAUAUACAUAUAACUACAUAUAUAUAUAUAAUAAUAUAUAUAUAUAUAUAUUAAUAAAUAUUAUUAUUAUUAUUUAAUGCCCUGAUAGUUGGUCUUGCCUUUUUUAUUUUUAUUUUUAUAUCAUUCAACUUCUGGCCGACUAAAAAUUCCCUCUUCCUUUGCAGUCGGUUUCUUCUGACGACGGAUUUCUCAAAUCAAGUAGGUCCCUAUUUAAAUGCUCCCUUCAAAAUAACGUCAGUAUUUUUAUUAAUAAUGCUUUAGAUCGUGGAAAUGCAGCUGGAAAUCCAGCCAGAUGGGUGGAAAAUAAUGGCAAUUUAUUAUGUAUUAUUAUUAUUAUUAUUAUUAUUAUCAUUCUCCCCAGAGACGCCUUGAAAUUAUUAUGUAUUAUGUAUUAUCAUUGUUAUUAUCAUUCUCCCCAGAGACGCCUUGAAAUUAUUAUUAUUAUUAUCAUUAUUAUUAUCAUUCUCCCCAGAGACGCCUUGAAAUUAUUAUGUAUUAUUAUUAUCAUCAUUCUCCGCAGAGACCCCUUGAAAUUAUAAAUAUAAUUAUUAUUAUUAUUAUUAUUAUCAUUCUCCGCAGAGACCCCUUCGAAAUUAUAAAUAUAAUUAUUAUUAUUAUUAUUAUUAUUAUUAUUAUCAUUCUCCGCAGAGACCCCUUCAAAAUAAUAAUAAUAAUAAUAAUAAUAAUAAUAAUAAUAAUAUUAUUAUCAUUCUCCGCAGACCCCUUCAAAAUUAUUAUUAUUAGUAUUAUUAUUACUAUUAUUAUUAUUCUCCCCAGAGACGCCUUCGAGAGCCAGGCGCCCCGCUUAUCCGUCCGGGAAACUGAGGCCACCCUGACCUUCCAAGAUGGCCGAGAGACCCUGACCUUCGACCUCCACCGAGACCCCGCCUCCCGGGCCCGGGAGCGAGUUCGGGAUCUCCUCUUCGGCCUGGCAGCCCGGGUGCGAGAGCUGGAGAGGCGGCUGGGAGGUGGGUAAUAAUAAUAAUAAUAAUAAUAAUAAUAAUAAUAAUGGCGGCCCGGGUGCGAGAGCUGGGAGGUGGGUAAUACUACUACUACUACUACUACUAAUAAUAAUAAUAAUAAUUGGGAAAGUCAUCCAGAUGGGUGGGGUAUAAGGAAUAAUAAUAAUAAUAAUAAUAGUAAUAAUAAUAGGGAAGGGAUUCAGGUGGGCGGAGUGUAAGGAAUAAUUACAAUAAUAAUACUAAUAAUAAUCAUAAUAAUCAUAAUAAUAAAAGCGAUUCACAUGGGUGGGGUAUAAGGAAUAAAAUUAGUAUUAUUGAUAUUGUGUGUAUUAUUAUGUGACAUACAUCCAGAUGGGUGUGCUAUAAGGAUUAAAAUUAUUAUUGUUCAUAUUGAUGUUGUUGUUGUUGCUGCUGCUAUUAUUAUUGUAUUACUACUACUACUAUCAUUACGAUUACAAUUACCAUUAUUAUUACCAUUAUGUGUGUACUGCUACUACUACUACUACUACUACUAUUACUACUACUAUUACCAUUACCAUUAUUAUUAUAUUAAUUUCGAUUUCCAUUUCUAUUAUUAUUACCAUUAUGUACUACCACUACUACUACUACAACUGCUACUAUUACUAUUACCAUUACAAUUACCAUUAUUACUACCAAUAUUAUGUAUUAUGUGUAUUACUACUACUACUACUACUACCAUUACCAUUACAAUUACCAUUAUUAUUACCAAUAUUAUAUCAUUAUAUUAUGUAUACUACUACUACUACUACUAUUACUACUACUACUACUACUAUUACCAUUACCAUUACAAUUACCAUUAUUAUUAUUAUUAUUACCAAUAUUAUUAUUAUCAUUAUUAUUAUUAUUAUUACUACUACUACUACUACUAUUACUACUACUACUACUACUAUACCAUUACCAUUACAAUUACCAUUAUUAUAUACCAAUAUAUAUUAUUACUAUUACUACUACUACUAUUACCAUUAUUAUUAUUUCCAUUUCCAUUACCAUUAUUAUUACUACUACUACUAUUACCAUUACCAUUAUUAUUAUUUCCAUUUCCAUUACCAUUAUUAUUACUACUACUAUUACCAUUACCAUUACAAUUACCAUUAUUACUACCAAUAUUACUACUACUACUACUACCAUUACCAUUACAAUUACCAUUAUUACUAUUACUAUUACAAUUAUUAUUAUUAUUAUUACUACUACUACUAAUGGAACCAACACCCCACUUCAUAUCCACCCAUUUUUCUCCCAGAAAAUGCCGUUUCUGCUGCCGCUCCAUCGCCGAUCGGGAGCCCCAGGAAGGAGCAUCCAAGCGGGUCGGAGUCCCUUUGCGCCCGGUAAGAGGGCGGCCCGCGGGAUAAUAUAGUAAUACAUAAUACAUAUAUAAUACUCGGCUGGGAUGGCGUAUUUCGUGGCCAAAUGAAUAUUAUUAUUAUUAUUAUUAUUAUUGAUUUAUUUGUCAUUUAUCAAAGUGUCUAGCUUUGAUAAAUGACAAAUAAAUUAUUAUUAUAUGUAUGUGUUAUUAUUGAUUUAUUUGUCAUUUAUCAAAGUGUCUAGCUUUGAUAAAUGACAAAUAAAUUAUUAUUAUGUGUGUGUAUUACUAUUAUUAUUAAUUUAUUUGUCAUUUAUCAAAGUGUCUAGCUUUGAUAAAUGACAAAUAAAUUAUUACUAUGAUUAUUAUUAUUAAUUUAUUUGUCAUUUAUCAAAGUGUCUAGGAAGUUCUGGGCGAGGGCAGGAAGUUGGGCAGGAAGCUCUGGGCAAGGGCAGGAAGUUGGGCAGGAAGCUCUGGGCGAGGGCAGGAAGUUGGGCAGGAAGCUCUGGGCGAGGGCAGGAAGUUGGGCAGGAAGUUCUAGGCGAGGGCAGGAAGGUGGGCAGGAAGCUCUGGGCAAGGGCAGGAAGUUGGGCAGGAAGCUCUGGGCGAGGGCAGGAAGUUGGGCAGGAAGCUCUGGACAAGGGCAGGAAGUUGGGCAGGAAGCUCUGGGCGAGGGCAGGAAGUUGGGCAGGAAGCUCUGGGCAAGGGCAGGAAGUUGGGCAGGAAGCUCUGGGCGAGGGCAGGAAGUUGGGCAGGAAGCUCUGGACAAGGGCAGGAAGUUGGGCAGGAAGUUCUAGGCGAGGGCAGGAAGUUCGGGGGGAGGGCAGGAAGUUCUGGGCAAGGGCAGGAAGUUCUGGGCAAGGGCAGGAAGUUCUGGGCAAGGGCAGGAAGUUCUGGGUGAGGGCAGGAAGUUCUGAGUGAGGGAAGGAAGUUCCAGGCGAGGGCAGGAAGUUCUGGGCAGGAAGUUGUGGGCAAGGGCAGGAAGUUCUGGGCAAGGGCAGGAAGUUCUGGGCGAGGACAGGAAGUUCCGGGCGAGAGCAGGAAGUUCCGGGCGAGGGCAGGAAGUUCUGGGCGAGGGCAGGAUGUUCCGGGCGAGGGCAGGAAGUUCUGGGCGAGGGCAGGAAGUUGGGCAGGAAGUUCUGGGCAAGGGCAGGAAGUUGCGCAGGAAGUUCUAGGCGAGGGCAGGAAGUUCUGGGGGAGUGCAGGAAGUUCUGGGGAGGGCAGGAAGUUCUGGGGAGGGCAGGAGGAUCUGGUGAAGAGCAGGAAGUUCCGGGCGAGGGCAGGAAGUUCUGGGCAGGAAGUUCUAGGCAAGGGCAGGAAGUUCUGGGGUGUGCAGGACGUUCGGGGGGCGGGCCGGAUGUUCUGGGGGAGGGCAGGAAGUUCUGGGCGAGGGCAGGAAGUUGGGCAGGAAGCUCUGGGCAAGGGCAGGAAGUUGGGCAGGAAGUUCUAGGUGAGGGCAGGAAGUUCUGGGGGAGGGCAGGAAGUUCUGGGCAAGGGCAGGAAGUUCCGGGCGAGAGCAGGAAGUUCCGGCCGAGAGCAGGAAGUUCUGGGCAAGGGCAGGAAGUUCUGGGCAAGGGCAGGAAGUUCCGGGCGAGGGCAGGAAGUUCUGGGCAGGAAGUUCUGGGCGAGGGCAGGAAGUUCUGGGCAGGAAGUUCUGGGCGAGGGCAGGAAGUUGGGCAGGAAGUUCUAGGCGAGGGCAGGAAGUUGGGCAGGAAGCUCUGGGCGAGGGCAGGAAGUUGGGCAGGAAGCUCUGGGCGAGGGCAGGAAGUUGGGCAGGAAGUUCUAGGCGAGGGCAGGAAGUUCUGGGGGAGGGCAGGAAGUUCUGGGCAAGGGCAGGAAGUUCUGGGCAGGAAGUUCUGGGGGAGGGCAGGAAGUUCUGGGGGAGGGCAGGAAGUUCUGGGCAAGGGCAGGAAGUUCCGGGCGAGGGCAGGAAGUUCUGGGCAGGAAGUUCUGGGCGAGGGCAGGAAGUUGGGCAGGAAGUUCUGGGCGAGGGCAGGAAAUUGCGCAGGAAGUUCUAGGCAAGGCAGGAAGUUCUGGGGGAGUGCAGGAAGUUCUGGGGGAGUGCUGGAAGUUUUGGGCAAGGGCAGGAAGUUCUGGGCGAGGACAGGAAGUUCUGGGCGAGAGCAGGAAGUUCCGGGCGAGAGCAGGAAGUUCUGGGCAGGAAGUUCUGGGCGAGGGCAGGAAGUUGUUCUGGGCGAGGGCAGGAAGUUCUGAGCGAGGGCAGGAAGUUCCGGGCGAGGGCAGGAAGCUGGGCAGGCAGCUCUGGGCAAGGGCAGGAAGUUGGGCAGGAAGCUCUGGGUGAGGGCAGGAAGUUCCAGGCGAGGGCAGGAAGUACCAGGCGAGGGCAGGAAGUUAGCUCUGAGCGAGGGCAGGAAGUUCCGGGCGAGGACAGGAAGUUAGCUCUGAGCGAGGGCAGGAAGUUCAGCGCAAGGACAGGAAGUUCUGGGCGAGGGCAGGAAGUUAGCUCUGAGCGAGGGCAGGAACUUCCGGGCGAGGGCAGGAAGUUAGCUCUGAGCGAGGGCAGGAACUUCCGGGCGAGGGCAGGAAGUUAGCUCUGAGCGAGGGCAGGAACUUCCGGGCGAGGGCAGGAAGUUAGCUCUGAGCGAGGGCAGGAAGUUCCGGGCGAGGGCAGGAAGUUAGCUCUGAGCGAGGGCAGGAAGUUCCGAGGCGAGGCAGGAGGAUUAGCUCUGAGCGAGGCAGGAAGUUCCGGGCGAGGGCAGGAAGUUAGCUCUGAGCGAGGGCAGGAAAUUCCGGGCGAGGACAGGAAGUUAGCACUGAGCGAGGGCAGGAAGUUCCGGGCGAGGACAGGAAGUUAGCUCUGAGGGAGGGCAGGAAGUUCCGGGUGAGGACAGGAAGUUAGCUCUGAGCAUGGGCAGGAAGUUCCGGGCGAGGGCAGGAAGUUAGCUCUGAGCGAGGGCAGGAAGUUAGCUCUGAGCGAGGGCAGGAAGUUCCGGGCGAGGGCAGGAAGUUAGCUCUGAGCGAGGGCAGGAAGUUCCGGGCGAGGGCAGGAAGUUAGCUCUGAGAGAGGCAGGAAGUUCCAGGCGAGGCAGGAGAGUUAGCUCUGCGCGAGGGCAGGAAGUUCCGGGCGAGGGCUGGAGUUAGCUCUGAUCGAGGGCAGGAAGUUCCGGGCGAGGGCAGGAAGUUAGCUCUGAGCGAGGGCAGGAAGUUAGCUCUGAGCGAGGGCAGGAAGUUCCGGGCGAGGGCAGGAAGUUGGGCAGGAAGCUCUGGGCGAGGGCAGGAAGUUGGGCAGGAAGUUCUAGGCGAGGGCAGGAAGUUCUGGGGGAGGGCAGGAAGUUCUGGGCAAGGGCAGGAAGUUCUGGGUGAGAGCAGGAAGUUCCGGGCAAGGGCAGGAAGUUCUGGGCAGGAAGUUCUGGGCGAGGACAGGAAGUUCUGGGCGAGGGCAGGAAGUUCUGAGCGAGGGCAGGAAGUUGGGCAGGAAGCUCUGGGCGAGGGCAGGAAGUUCUGGGCGAGGGCAGGAAGUUGCGCAGGAAGUUCUAGGCGAGGGCAGGAAGUUCUGGGGGAGUCAGGAAGUUCUGGGUGAGGGCAGGAAGUUGGGCAGGAAGCUCUGGGCGAGGGCAGGAAGUUGGGUAGGAAGUUCUAGGCGAGGGCAGGAAGUUCUGGGGGAGGGCAGGAAGUUCUGGGCGAGGGCAGGAAGUUGCGCAGGAAGUUCUAGGUGAGGGCAGGAAGUUCUGGGGGAGGGCAGGAAGUUGCGGGCGAAGGCAGGAAGUUAGCUCUGAGCGAGGGCAGGAAGUUGCGGGCGAGGGCAGGAAGUUAGCUCUGAGCGAGGGCAGGAACUUCCGGGCGAGGACAGGAAGUUAGCUCUGAGCGAGGGCAGGAAGUUCUGGGCGAGGACAGGAAGUUAGCUCUGAGCGAGGGCAGGAAGUUAGCUCUGAGCGAGGGCAGGAAGUUCCGGGCGAGGGCAGGGAGUUAGCUCUGAGCGAGGCAGGGAGUUCCGGGCGAGGACAGGAAGUUAGCUCUGAGCGAGGCAGGAAGUUCCAGGCGAGGCAGGAGAUUGCUCUGAGCGAGGGCAGGAAGUUAGCUCUGAGCGAGGGCAGGAAGUUAGCUCUGAGCGAGGACAGGAAGUUAGCUCUGAGCGAGGGCAGGAAGUUCCGCGCGAGGCCAGGAAGUUAGCUCUGAGCGAGGGCAGGAAGUUCCGGGCGAGGGCAGGAAAGUUAGCUCUGAACGAGGGCAGGAAUGUCCGGGCGAGGGCAGGAAGUUAGCUCUGAGCGAGGGCAGGAAGUUCCGGGCGAGGGCCGGAAGUUAGCUCUGAGCGAGGGCAGGAAGUUCUGAGUGAGGGCAGGAAGUUCUGGGCAAGGGCAGGAAGUUCUGGGCAGGAAGUUCUGGGCAAGGGCAGGAAGUUCUGAGUGAGGGCAGGAAGCUCUGGGCGAGGGCAGGAAGUUCUGGGCAGGAAGUUCUGGGCGAGGGCAGGAAGUUCUGAGUGAGGGCAGGAAGUUCUGGGCGAGGGCAGGAAGUUGGGCAGGAAGUUCUGGGCGAGGGCAGGAAAUUGCGCAGGAAGUUCUAGGCAAGGGCAGGAAGUUCUGAGCGAUGGCAGGAAGUUCCAGGCGAGGACAGGAAGUUAGCUCUGAGCGAGGGCAGGAAGUUCCGGGCGAGGACAGGAAGUUAGCUCUGAGCGAGGGCAGGAAGUUCCGGGCGGGGGCAGGAAGUUAGCUCUGAGCGAGGGCAGGAAGUUCCGGGCGAGGGCAGGAAGUUAGCUCUGAUCGAGGGCAGGAAGUUCCGGGCGAGGACAGGAAGUUAGCUCUGAGCGAGGGCAGGAAGUUCCGGGCGAGGGCAGGAAGUUAGCUCUGAGCGAGGGCAGGAAGUUCCGGGCGAGGGCAGGAAGUUAGCUCUGAGCGAGGGCAGGAAGUUCCGGGCGAGGGCAGGAAGUUAGCUCUGAGCGAGGGCAGGAACUUCCGGGCGAGGACAGGAAGUUAGCUCUGAGCGAGGGCAGGAAGUUCCAGGCGAGGGCAGGAAGUUAGCUCCGAGCGAGGGCAGGAAGUUCCGGGCGAGGCAGGAGGUUAGCUCUGAGGAGGCAGGAAGUUCCGGGCGAGGCAGGAGGUUAGCUCUGAGCGAGGCAGGAAGUUCCAGGCGAGGCAGGAGAUUAGCUCUGAGCGAGGGCAGGAGUUCCGGGCGAGGCAGGAAGUUGGCUCUGGCGAGGGCAGGAAGUUCCGGGCGAGGGCAGGAAGUUAGCUCUGAGCGAGGCAGGAAGUUCCGGGCGAGGGCAGGAAGUUAGCUCUGAGCGAGGCAGGAAGUUCCGGGCGAGGGCAGGAAGUUAGCUCUGAGCGAGGGCAGGAAGUUCCGGGCGAGGACAGGAAGUUAGCUCUGAGCGAGGGCAGGAAGUUCCGGGCGAGGGCAGAAAGUUAGCUCUGAACGAGGGCAGGAAGUAUUGGCUUUGGGGGCGGAGCCAGCUUUGGAAAUUCCGGAUUCUUCUCCCGCUUCCAGAUCCGGCAAGGAUCAGGACCGGAUCCGGCAAGAGGAAGAUCCCCGGAGAGUCGCUAAUUAAUCCUGGAUUCGUCCGGUAAUUAAUGAGUCCAGAGUGACAGCCGCCAAUCAAUUAUUUUAUUUUUUAUUGUUAUAUUGUUAUCAUUGUUAUCAAUUAUUAUUAUUAUUAUGAAUUAUAGAUGAGGAUUAUUAAUUUUAUCUUCAUUGGGUUAGAAUUAUUAUCAAUAUUAUUAUUAUGAAUUAUUAUACGUUUUAUCAUUAUUAUCAAUUAUUAUUAUUAUGAAUUAUAUAUGAGGAUUAUUAAUUAUUAUUAUUAUUAAUUAUAUAUGAGGAUUAUUAAUUAUGAUGAUGAUGAAUUAUAUAUGAGGAUUAUUAAUUUUAUCUUCAUUGGAUUAGAAUCAUUAUCAAGAUUAUUUUAUUUUAUUUUAUUUUAUUUAUAUUAUUAUUAUGAAUUAUUAUGUUUUUUCCUGGAUUCAUCCGGUAAUUAAUGAGUCCAGAGUGACAGCCGCCAAUCAAUUAUUUUAUUUUUUAUUGUUAUAUUGUUAUCAUUAUUAUCAAUCGUUAUUAUUAUGAAUUAUAGAUGAGGAUGAUUAAUUUUAUCUUCAUUGGAUUAGAAUUAUUAUCAAUAUUAUUAUUAUGAAUUAUUAUAUGUUUUUUCCUGGAUUCGUCCGGUAAUUAAUUAGUCCAGAUUAUUAUCGAUAUUUUAUUCAUAUUAUUAAAUAUUAUUAUUCAUUUUAUUUUAAUUUAAUAUGAUCAUUAUUUCCCUUCCUAGCAAGAAGACUCCGACCGGCGUAGAUUUCGAAGACGCCUGA